AUGCUCAACUCAACCAAUCACACCUUGUUUCUUUUACUUCUCUUGUUCGCCGUUUCACUUCCGCGUAAAUGUUUGUCUUUGGAUUCGGAUUCGCCUGUCCAUGGAAGAACCUUCAAUAGGCCUGAUCCUUUACGACAUUUUAAAGACUAUCACGGAGACUUUGAUGUUCGAAACAAACAUUACUUAGCUUCUGCGGCAUUUACAGGAGUUCAUGGAUACUCGUUUGCCGGAGUUUGGUUGUUAUUUGGACUGGUCUUAGGUAUCUUCAUCAUUGUCAAGUCUCUAAGUGGUGUCACUCCUUCAUUAUCAUGCUUGGAUCAUUACUAUAUCCACAUUUUGUUCCUCCUUCUCAUACUAACAUCUCUCGCAUUAAUUGCUUCGAGUUUUGUACUUGCAACAAGUCAGAGAACUCUUCGGAGGACGGAAAAACUGAAAGAAACUGUGGUUAAUAUAGGAGAAGAAGCUCUUGAGGCCAUAGGAAGAGUAAUGAGAACAACUAAACAAAUAGAAUAUCUUCUACUUCCAUAUAACCCACAAAUAUCUAUGAGCUUGAAUUCCACAACCGAAGCUCUUAGAACAAACUCGCGCGUGAUUCGUCGUUUUAUUGACAGAAGUGAACAAUCAUUCAACAAAGCCACUCAUACUUCGCAUACAGCCCAUAUCGUUGUUCUAGGCCUCAAUUUAGUAACACUGGUUGCAUCACUAGUUCUAAUGCUACUGUAUUGGCGUCCUGGAUUUAUAAUCAUAAUUCUAUGCCUUUGGAUUCUAACAAGCCUGUGUUGGUUCUUGACUGGUUUUGAUUACUUCCUUCACACUUUUGCAGAUGAUGCUUGUUCUGCCUUAGAGGACUUUGAGAAAAAUCCACAAAACAGUAGCUUGGGUUCGAUGUUACCGUGCAUAAAUAACUCAUUCUCUGGGAAAUUGAUAGCUCAAAUUGGCAGCACCAUCCAUAGUUUCAUAGUUGAGUUGAAUUCUAAUGUGUCAGUAUUGUAUGAGCUCCUAGGAAUAAGCCAAGAAAAGGAAGAAAUAAUAGGAGUCAUGAAAAUUUGUAACCCUUUCUCUGGAGCACCAAAUUACACCUACAUUCCACAAAGUUGUCCUCAUGACGCCGUUCGAAUUGGUGAUUUACCAAAAUUUCUUGCAAGGUUCACAUGUAGCCGAGAGGAUACAAUAGAAAAAUGCAGAAAGAACGGAAGAUUUGUUCCACAAACCUCAUACAACAUGGCUCAUGCAUAUAGUAGAUCAAUCCAGGACAUGCUUGAUAUAUAUCCGGACUUGCAAAAACUAUCAAAAUGCACCAUGGUGAAGAACAAAGCUUCUGAAAUUGUGCUGCAUCAAUGCAAACCAAUAAGAGUUUCAACUAAACUGUUGUGGGCUUUGAUGAUGUCUCUUUCGAUUAUUAUGGUAGUCUUGGUGUUCGCAUGGGUGGUAGAGGCUCUUCGAUGCUGGAAAAAACCAGUUUCUACAUGGUUUAGGAUUUAA